AGAAAUACGGGUUUGGCACAAUAUGAGGGUAUUCUGGGGUGCAAUGGACGACAGCAACGGUGUGAAGCUCUUUGUUGGGAAUCUGGAUUCGGAAACAACUCAAGAUGACCUAAUUAGGCUUUUUGCCCCUUACGGAGAAGUGGUGAACAUAACUGUACUGAGGCAGUUUGCCUUUAUCCAUCUGCAGGGAGUUGGGGCUGCUGACCGUGCCAUCCGCGAUCUGAAUGGUCUAGAUUACUGCGGCCGGAACCUUGUAGUUGAGGAAUCCAAAGGCAGGCCCCUCAAUUCCAUCAAAGUAUUUGUGGGAAACCUGUGUGCUUCCUGUACUACUGAAAAUCUGUUUGAUCUCUUUUCACCUUACGGAAAAGUUCUUGAUUGCGAAAAAGUAAAGACUAAGCCCUCUUCUUUAGUAGGCUACUCCUUUGUGUACAUGGAGCGCAAAGAGGAUGCAGAACAAGCCAUUGAGGGUGUUCACGGGACCUUAUUUAUGGGCCGUCCACUCGCAGUGGAGCUUUCAAAAGCACAGCCGACCACAAACAAGGUCCCAUGUGCCAGCUGUGGUGCACACGGUCACUUUGCAGGAGAAUGUCCAAUCAACAGGCCUCCUAUUGAGCACCACCAGAGUCAAGCAGCCGUCUUAGCUGCUGCUGCGGCCGCUGCUGCAGGGCUUCCCCUUCAGGUUCAACAGAGUGUCCACAACUCUUUCUACAACACGGCAAGCACUGACCCAACAUUUGCAGCUCUGAAAGACUUGACCACUUCCAGGGUUGACGGCAAACCCGUCAGCGCUGCAGUCUACGGGGCCCUGGCGAGUCAGAUUUACGGUGCCGUCGCAAAUCAGGUGUUCAGCUCAGCGAAGAGUCAUUCUGCAGACGGCUACCCCAAUGAAGCAGAAGUGCCAUCAGGCGCUGUAAACCCCGUCUAUGGAGCAAAUUCCUCUUUGUACAGUGCAAGUCCAGCUUAUGGGACCAUGGAAGGCACAGAGCCUGACCCCCAAGCCAUGUUUGAAGCUGCCCGGGCCCGAUUCUUUGAGCAGGGACAACAAGUGCUAGCGGAACAGCAAGCAGUGACCAAAUUUGAUCGAGACCGAAGCCCAAUACGCCGCUCAGCCCCAUUACUACCUGACCCAGUUUCCCAGUCAUUGUCGCAGACACGACCCAAACGGCGGGCCCUUCUCCCAACACCACCUGGUGGACCGGAAAUACCUGCUGUUAAAAAUGGAGACCCGAUUGCGAGGUGCUAUGCAGAGUACUAUCAGCAGUACCAGCAGUACCAACAGUACCAACAAUACCAGCAGUACCAACAGUAUCAGCAAUACCAGUACAGCUACCCACCACCUCCUCCACCACCUCCGAUGCCCAUGAUGCCUCCAGCCACAAUGGAUCCACAACAGCUUGCUGCCCCUGGCACUGCUGCUUCAUCAAGAGUGUAUGAGCCACCCUCAACACACAAGGAGCCCCUCCUACGUCGCCCUGAUUACCCUCACCUGCACACAUCUGAGUCCCCAUAUCGAUAGCCCCACACCACUUCACAUAUGUGUCUGUUGCACGCGUGUUUGGUUGUAAAAAUGUGAGCGUGUGUCAGUUUUGGUCCUACAUGACAACAGAUCUCGGAAACUGGAGGAAAGGGAUAAAUCAAAUUUAGUCAAUGCAUCUGACCUGGACUGUAGUCCCCCCCCCCUCCCCCAGUAUAAUUAAAAUCUCAUUAUGUGCAGAAUGUAGACGUUUAAAAGGCCAUGAAAGUUUAGAUUCGGAGCCCUCUUGGUUUGAGUGUAUUUUGAAGUGCUCAAUUAUUUCAUUUGUCAGUUUUGUAGAUAAAGCACUCUUUGACCGUCUUGUCAGAUCUCACUUUCUCCAAAGUCAAAUGACUGUGCCUUUUGAACAAGCCUAAUUUUUUUGUAAACGGAAUUUUUCAGACUUUUGUAAAACCAAGUGUUUUCGAUCUGUUUUGUUUAUCGAAUUCAUGGCUAACUGAGGAGUGAGCCACAAUUAAUAUUCCAAAAUUGUCCACAAUUUAUUGCAUUUGUCUUAGACUGAUGUAAAAUUCACAAAGGCUAAGCUUCAGAUCUGAAAUGCACAGCAUAAUUGGAAUAGAAUGUAAAGAGGACCUGUGUGAAAUGUGUGUGUGAGAGUGAGAACACAGAAUGUUAACAAUUUGGAUGACAUCCCUCAGUUUACACAUAAUGAACACCACGAUCACAUACACCUCAAACCUAUUACCUAUAAUACUAUUUGAGUGGGAGGGGCCUUAGGUCAGAGACACAUUCAGGUGUAUCAGUACCAACAAAACCAUACAUUUGUGCUCAAAGGAACUUAAACACUCUUAGCCACUGCCUCAAUAGUGCAGACGGCUGCCAUGUUCAAGAACAUUAUAACUGAAUUUAAAAUUACAUAUUGGAAAGGAGUAGAGAGUAAAUGGGUAGAGAAAAAUGUAUUUCAUUGCAAAAGGGACAGACUUGUUUGUCGCUUGAUAGGCAUAUUCAAUUGUUCUGAAUGUUUUCCAUUUGACACUGAAUUAGUUGGAGAUGUCAUUGUUACUAAAUAGCAUAAAGAACUGGUUAUAUUGCCUGCCAGUAGCAUUUAUGCAUGUUUUGCAGGAUUUACAAAGCAAACAACUGCCAUCUCUGGCCUUGCAUCCCUCUCUUACAUGGACAAUACUCUUUGGUAUUGACUAUAUAAUUAUUAGUGGCAGCACCUCGAAUUACCUUAAAACAGAAUGAGGUUCUUAAGUUCUUUGUGUUUCUUGUGAAAGUAGCCCAAUGCAAUUAAUGUUUCUUUCUGACCAUUUAUUUGUUCACAUUUACAUUAUCGUAGUCUCUCUAUCCUUCGAUUUAUGUGAAUUGAUUUCAGGAGAUUUUGGGUGGAAACAUUUAGUUAUGUAGGGAUGGGGGAGUGUAAAACCUGUUCAGUGUGGCACAUCCAGGCCUCACAUACAGCUAGUUAUGGUAAUUGGUUCUGAGAGUGAAAAACAGUGAAGUGCUUCAAACAAAAUUGUAUUUUUGUGCGUAAGGAUAAAAAAUGUGUUGUCCCGGUUCAUGCGCAUUUUAGGCAAUUCAAUUAAACGUUCAUGUUAUAAAACUUACUAACUGAAAGUGACUUUGUCUGAAUAAUUAAUCAUGGGUAAGGUUCUAGAUUCAUGCAAUUAGAGCCAGAGGUGUCAAACAUUAUGACAUUGUACAAAGGGAAUCUACCCAAAAUCUUCAUACCAUCUGCUUUGGAAUACAUCAAACCAUGCUUCCUGUGGAGCGUUCAAGUCGCCAGCUUUUUGCUCUUAAUUUCAACCUUUAAUUUCUUGGUAAAUAGCUUUGUGAUUCUGAUGUUAUGAUGGUUGAGUAGCUUCCCUUCAAAUAUCCCUCAUUGAAACCAGUGCAUUGUAAUUGUAAGGUAUGGUAAAGAGAAUGGUUUGUUUAAUCAUUUUAUGUAUGUCCUCUUUCCCUAGAAUGCCCCUCAGGCAGUCUUCAGUCUUUCAUUCCAAAGAAAUAUGGUGGGGUACACACACAAAACUCACUUGGCACACACAACCCAUAUACUCACCAUUCACUCUCACCACAAUCAACACUUGACUUAAUGUAUUUAAUUAAAUCUCACAGGCAAACAUUUACUGUAGUGUUAAUGUUCUCAAUAUUAUGUUAUUAAAUAGAGUGGAGGUGGAAAGGAGAUGGCGGUGUAGCUUCUAUCAGCACACCAGGACUCCACAAAUGAUUGUACACAGUAAAUUAUUGUAUCUGUUGUGUAUUAUUGUAAAUAGUGCAUGUCUCUUGUUAUUCUUACUGCUGUUCCAGCCACAUUCUCCCUUUUCGCUAACUACAGCUAAAUUGGCUCCCGGGCCUCAAGACGCCAUGUUGAGCAUGACGGGGGAAGAGAAAUAGCGCCCCACAAUGCCUCGGACGCGCUCCCCGCUAAGGUAAAGCCCAUUGCCCCCCACCACUACUGCACCUCGAUCAUACACUUCCCCUCAAUGAUCCUAGCACAGUUGCUAGAGAAGCUCAGAUCAGGCCCACAUCCAGUUUACACUACAGUGAAGUCAACACAAAGUGGGGAUGGUAUUUCUUGCUAUGUGGUAGGGCCAUGAAUCAGUGCUUAUUGAGGGAGAAUUGUGUCUUUACAGUUUGGAGUAGUUGGUAGAAUCAGCUACAUCUUGGGUGCCCAAAAUGCUCAUGGUUUGGUGUUUUGUCUGUCAGUGUAAUCACUUUUAAUAAAAUAAAACUUAUUUUAUUAUUACAUUGGUAGAAAACCAAUAUAAUCUUUUUGGUUACGUACUAGUAGAUCAGCGUUUCCUAACCCUGGUACUGGAGUACCCCCAACACUACACAUUUUGGAUAUCUCCCAAAUGUAACACUCCUGAUUUAACUUGGCAGCUUGUUAGUUGAGGCUCCUUGAGCUGAAUUGGGUUUGUCAAAAUGUGCAGUGUUGGGGUACUCCCAGACCAGGGUUGGGAAACGAUGUAGGAGAUCAACAACAGUGUUAGGGAAGCUACUUUGAAACUGUAGUUUUCCAAGCUACAAGCUACUCCUAACUUGUAGUUAAACUACAGUCAACCUAGUCUUUUAAAAAAGAAGUUGGCUACACUGCGAGUUACUAACAAAGUAGCUAACUACAUUGUAGCUAUUUAAAGAAGAAAAUAUUUUUAAAUAUAUAAUCAUUUGAUAUUUAAUUCUGCAGUAAGAAUUUCUGAUUGGAGAAUUACAUAUCACCUGACAUUAAACAAUUAGGUUGACAACAUUAAAUUUAACAAAUUCAUACUAAUACAAACUAAUAAAACUCUAACUUUUUAUAUAACUCGGUCAUAAUACAGUGAUAAACAGAGUCCCUUGUAAGAAUAAAUUGUGGUUCCCAAUGUUAAAUAUAAGUGAAUCAUAAAAAAAACUGUCUAAAAGAACCUAUUCACUUAAAUUAUUUGGAUUUCCCAGCAGUAUUUAUAAGAGAGAGGACAGUUUAGGUGAGCAUGCUUGAUUGCUCCAUUGCUGCAUGCACAACACACUGAGCUUGUUAACAUGCACAGCAAUGCACUGAUCGCUAUGAAAAAUCAGCUUAUUAAAGACAAUGCAAGAAACCUGUGUUUAUAUAAGACUUGAAAUCAUCGGGUUAUUCUCUGCUUUUGACAUCAAAACGUAAACAGGCAUGUGCACAACAUUUGUGCACAUUGGAUAAGCCGGUAGUACGCCUGUAAAGGUGUUUACAUGAAAUCUGCUUGUCUAUCGUUUUUUUGCUUUAAGCCAUUAAUGGCCUUACCCUAAUAAAGGAAAGAUGUUUAAGGCAUGUACAUGACUACACGUUUGCUUAUUGAGCAUAAUCAGUGUAAGAUUGUGCAUGUAAACACGCACUUUGAGACAAAUGGAGCUUUUUGUGGUGCUACACCGUUACUCGUUGAAAGGAGCUCUCUGUUGGAAAAGCAAUACUAUUGUGAAAAUAGCUGAGCUACUGUCACGAUACUGAAAAAUGCACAGUAAGUAGCGGCGCUACUUGUAGUUAGUUACUCCCAACACUGAUCAUCAAUAACAUUAAACAUGUUAUUUUGCCAUCAUGACAAAAUGCAUUGGACCCUUAAGUUUUUCUCACAAAAUGGCAUCAAGAUUGAAGUAAAUUUCCAUUUGAUGCAAUAAGAGAGAACAAUCCAGAUUAGGUAGUUAAGGAGUUUUUGCCUUCGCUUGUUUUGGCAUUUGGUCUUUUUGAAGCACUUCCAGUAAGGGAGAUGAGGCGCGCACUCUUGUUCAAAGCUGAGGUGCUCCAGCUGUGCUUUGAAUACUUAAGAAGAGCGCAGUGCUGUCCAAAAGGCCCUAAUCCAAGUAGGACAUUCAUCUUAGGUGAGUAACCAGUGUGCUGUUGUCCAGUUGAAAUCCACUCCUCAGACCCCAAAAUUAGGCCAUUUUCAGCCUUGUGAGACUAUUUAUACCCUUCCGAUUUCAUUGUCAGCUCUAGUUUUUUUUUUUUUCACUCAUCCUUUGAGGCUCAACGAUUGAAAAUAUAUGUAAAUUAAAAUUAAUCUAUUUUCUGGCCAAACAGAUUUGUUGUUUUGUUGUUCCAAGGAGAAUGCAGCUUGAUUUCAUAAGAUGUCCACAUACACAUAAAUGAGAAGUAAAAACGUUUAUUUUUCAGAUUAAUAAAGGGAUAGUCUGCAGCAAAAGAUUUGCCAGAAACAUGUAAAGGUAUUUAGCUUCAUUAAAUUUCAGCUUCAGCAAGUCUAGUGAGAGUUUCACUACAAACUCUUUUUCUAUUUAUGGUUAUUUUAAUUGUUCAAAUGCACAGUUUAUGUGUUGCUCCAAUCUUCAAAUGACUUUGACCUCAAAUUCUUCAUGUUUUUAACACUGAAUACUCUUGGCCAUUAUGCAGGUUGUUUUCCUUUCUCACAACCUUCCAAAGACCUAAAAGCCUCGCCUUCAAUUCGGAGGUGAUUUGACAUGCUGGUACAGAUUGUAAAUAACUGAUUGUAAAUAACUGAGACCUGAAAUAAUCGAUGAUUCAGGGAAUUAACUUUAGUAAAGUCCACUGAUAUAUUUUAUUUUUUAAUUGGUCUGGAUGGCUAGCUUUCAUUUUGGGGUGUAAUUGUAUCAGAAAUGUCAGAGGGUUGUUAAUCCUAACUUUUUCUUAAUAUUUACAUACUGACUUUUAGGCUUUGUACUUUGUUCUUGAAAGUUCAAUAAAUGAUGCUUAAAUGGUA